GAUAGUUUCUACGCAUGCUCUUAAUCGAGAUUUCAACUUCCGCUCUGUGUACGUGCGGCGGCCAUAACAUUUCCGUCUUUCAAGGGUAACCGAAGGUACCAGUCGGCUCACCAUGUACCGCUUUACGAAAGCUGCAGUCAACGUAACAAGCCAGGCAGUGCGCCAGGUGAGGCAUGCAUCCUCCGUCCGCCAGGACUUCCACUCCAAAUAUGGAAACAUGCUGCUGGCUGGUGGAGCUCUUUUCUGUACAUCUGUGUGGUCAUAUGUGCUGACACAGACAGGCCUUACCUGGAAUCUUUCACCUGUUGGGAAGGUCAUGCCAAAAGAGUGGAGAGAGUGACAAUUGAAAAGUCAUCAUGACAAACAAGUCUCGCUCCAUAAAACUUCUGGUUGUACAGAUUAGCAACUGCCCUCUCUGACUGUGUUAAUUCCAACAUGUUAUUUUUGUCCAAAUAAAUUAAACAAUUUACAAUGUC